GUCUGUCAUAACCUGAAAAUAAUGUUUCUAAAGCCUCUAAUACCCUCUCUUUGUAUAAUGUAAACAGCAUAGAGUAUGUGGAUACUUCAUUAAUUAUUACUUUUUCACAACACCGUACGUGUUUAUUAUUGCUCUGUUUUGCCAUUGGCUACAGAACGUAAAUAAACCCUUCUAAAACAAACUGCGGGGACUUUCCAAUCCAGAUACUUUUUUACUGCAGGAAGUUAGAAAAGUUUGAACUGGCCAACUUCCUGUCAAACAAGUUGUGUUAAAUUAGAACUCUCUCUCUGGGCAAGCGAGGCACAACACUAAUAUUUAAACGACAUGAUGCAUUACUUUAUAUCACGGUCCUAAAUAUUUACAAACAACGUUUUAUUUCUUAAGGUGCACCCCUUAUCUCUGCUAUCGACACCGGGGAGUUUUUCUGAAAGUCGACCUUAACAGAAAGUCAACGUGAAUCUCAGUCCAACCAAACUGUCUUGGGAGCUGCAAAUUACACAUUAGUUCUGGAUUCAGAUAAUUUAUAACACAUCUGGUUAGUCAACGACCUGAAAUCCAGACUGCUGUGGUGCAGUAAAGAGGAGCGGGCCAGAGCAGACGCUCUCUCUCUCUCUCUCUCUCUCUCUCUCUCUCUCUCUCUCUCUCUCUCUCUCUCGCGCUCUUUCUUUGUCUGCAAUCAGCUCAGACCCUCCAGGACCAGUACGGGGAUAGCCUCAGACCCAGCACAGACCCAGCACAGACCCAGCUCAGACCCAGCUCAGACCCUCCAGGACCAGUACGGGGAUAGCCACAGAGUCGGACGCCCAGGCUUCGUUUACAUUAAGCCCAGUCACCAGCAGGAUGACUCCAGGACCAGUGCUGUUACUGUGGGCUCUGGCCCUUCUAGCGACCGUGGCAAGCCAGGAGUAUGAGAACCGUAUGGAGAGCCAUAUCGACCGCUCUGUCCCCUGGAUCCACACCUUUCGCCAAGGGUUCAACUUCCAGUGUCCCCACGGAGAGGUGCUGGUGGCCCUGCAGAGUGUCUUCAGUGAGAAGGAAGGGUCCGACCGCCUCUGGGCCUUCGAGUGCCAGCAGACUCCCACCACCCUGGGGCAUCCCACAGAGUGCUGGUGGGACGACACUAACCGUGCCGGGAUGGAGUGGUCUUCAACAUGCGGCAACAAUGGCCUGGUGGCGGGGGUGAUGAGCAAGUACUUUGAGCCUGUCCUGGACCGCGAGUGGUCGUUCUACUGCUGUCGCUACAGCCGCCGCUGCCCCUACUCCUGCUGGAAAUCAUUGGAGGUGCCUGAGCAAUACAGAGAGGAGGGAGAGUUUGUCAUCCCCGGCUAUGGCUACUUCAUCAGAGGGGCUCAGACCACCUUCGAUGGAGUUCUCAGAGAUCGGCAGUGGAAGUACAUUGUGUGCAGAAUGACCGAUUUCGACUGUGAAUUUGAGAAUUUAUAGAUGUACAUUGAGACCCGGUAAACACGGCGAGAUGGCCACUGCUGUUUGGCGAAGAGAGUCCCGUGUGCAACAAACCGCUGUUCUACGACCAUCGACCAAACAGAUGCUUCCCUCUACAUGAAUUUGUCUUUCACUUCAACCACUAAAGUACGACGACACAAACCCACAAUAGCAACAGAUCCCCAGAGUCAUUAAGUCCAUUAUUCACAUCCCCUCCCAGGAUCAUUAAGUCCAUUAUUCACAUCCCCAGAAUCAUUAAGUCCAUUAUUCACAUCCCCAGAGUCAUUAAGCCCAUUAUUCACAUCCCCUCCCAGAAUCAUUAAGUCCAUUAUUCACAUCCCCAGAAUCAUUAAGUCCAUUAUUCACAUCCCCAGAGUCAUUAAGCCCAUUAUUCACAUCCCUUCCCAGAAUCAUUAAGUCCAUUAUUCACAUCCCCAGAAUCAUUAAGUCCAUUAUUCACAUCCCCUCCCAGAAUCAUUAAGUCCAUUAUUCACAUCCCCUCCCAGAAUCAUUAAGUCCAUUAUUCACAUCCCCAGAGUCAUUAAGUCCAUUAUUCACAUCCCCUCCCAGAAUCAUUAAGUCCAUUAUUCACAUCCCCAGAGUCAUUAAGUCCAUUAUUCACAUCCCCAGAAUCAUUAAGUCCAUUAUUCACAUCCCCAGAAUCAUUAAGUCCAUUAUUCACAUCCCCAGAAUUAUUAAGUCCAUUAUUCACAUCCCCAGAAUCAUUAAGUCCAUUAUUCACAUCCCCUCCCAGAAUCAUUAAGUCCAUUAUUCACAUCCCCAGAAUCAUUAAGUCCAUUAUUCACAUCCCCAGAGUCAUUAAGUCCAUUAUUCACAUCCCCAGAAUCAUUAAGUCCAUUAUUCACAUCCCCAGAAUCAUUAAGUACCUUAUUCACAACCCCUCCCAAAAUCAUUAUGUCCAUUAUUCACAUCCCCAGAAUCAUUAAGUCCAUUAUUCACAUCCCCUCCCAGAAUCAUUAAGUCCAUUAUUCACAUCCCCUCCCAGAAUCAUUAAGUCCAUUAUUCACAUCCCCAGAAUCAUUAAGUCCAUUAUUCACAUCCCCAGAGUCAUUAAGUCCAUUAUUCACAUCCCCAGAAUCAUUAAGUCCAUUAUUCACAUCCCCAGAAUCAUUAAGUACCUUAUUCACAACCCCUCCCAAAAUCAUUAUGUCCAUUAUUCACAUCCCCAGAAUCAUUAAGUCCAUUAUUCACAUCCCCUCCCAGAAUCAUUAAGUCCAUUAUUCACAUCCCCUCCCAGAAUCAUUAAGUCCAUUAUUCACAUCCCCAGAAUCAUUAAGUCCAUUAUUCACAUCCCCAGAAUCAUUAAGCCCAUUAUUCACAUCCCCUCCCAGAAUCAUUAAGUCCAUUAUUCACAUCCCCAGAGUCAUUAAGUCCAUUAUUCACAUCCCCUCCCAGAAUCAUUAAGUCCAUUAUUCACAUCCCCAGAGUCAUUAAGUCCAUUAUUCACAUCCCCAGAAUCAUUAAGUCCAUUAUUCACAUCCCCAGAAUCAUUAAGUCCAUUAUUCACAUCCCCAGAAUUAUUAAGUCCAUUAUUCACAUCCCCAGAAUCAUUAAGUCCAUUAUUCACAUCCCCUCCCAGAAUCAUUAAGUCCAUUAUUCACAUCCCCAGAAUCAUUAAGUCCAUUAUUCACAUCCCCAGAAUUAUUAAGUCCAUUAUUCACAUCCCCAGAAUCAUUAAGUCCAUUAUUCACAUCCCCUCCCAGAAUCAUUAAGUCCAUUAUUCACAUCCCCAGAAUCAUUAAGUCCAUUAUUCACAUCCCCAGAAUCAUUAAGUCCAUUAUUCACAUCCCCAGAAUCAUUAAGCCCAUUAUUCACAUCCCCAGAAUCAUUAAGUCCAUUAUUCACAUCCCCAGAAUCAUUAAGCCCAUUAUUCACAUCCCCAGAAUCAUUAAGUCCAUUAUUCACAUCCCCUCCCAGGAUCAUUAAGUCCAUUAUUCACAUCCCCAGAAUCAUUAAGUCCAUUAUUCACCCUUGUUAAUGACAUCUCACUCUUUACUAUUAAUAUUUCAUUAUUCAUGAUUCUUGAUAAUAACCAUGUUUGUUUUAUUUUUUGGGAUGAAUGUUACGUUAAGUUUUAGAUGUCAAAUCACUUAUCUUUAUAUCUAUCGUAGCACCAUAGCAAUAUAAAUAAACUGUCUGUGUACAGAACUUAGCCUACUUUUCAAAAUGAAAAACAUCAAGUAAUGUCUCUACUUGUUAUGCUAAAUAAAAGUCCAAUGGUUGAACGAUA